AUGAACAUCCAGGUCCUGUCAGACCACAAGCUGUCAUCAGUCGCCCCGCUGAAACCCUGCAAUGUGGAGAAGAAGGAGGUGGAACUGAUACUGUUGAAGGACCAGAAUGGGGUCCAGUAUACCAGUUCGACCAUCAUGCCCACCCCCAGCACGCACGGCACCCCCUGCACCGCUGAGGAGCUGGAGGAGAGGGAAACAUGGGGAAAGAAAAUAGACUUUCUCCUAUCCGUCAUAGGCUUCGCAGUGGACUUGGCCAAUGUCUGGAGAUUCCCUUACCUCUGCUACAAGAAUGGAGGAGGUGAGUGAACUGUUAUAACUUCUGUAAAGACUUCUGUUAAGACUUUCCUAGGUUUCUUUGGAACUAUCCUCGUCGAGAACCAGGCUUGGUAUGGCAAGGCGAGACUGCUUUGGAACUAAUAUCAACUUUGUUUUACUGUUGUGAAAUAACUUUCUUAGUGAGCUUAUGAUAAAAUGUGCCAAUCUGUUAGUUUGUAUGCUACCAAACGUACCAGUCACUAGUCAGUGUUGUGACAACAUAUUUUGAAAUCCCCAAAUAACAGUGCGCAGCCUUUCUUGAGCCAAGAGGCUUUGCUUGUAAGAGGAAAACGGAUAUACCUCAUUGCAUAAAUUCAUUCAGGUCAGUGUGGUUGAGUCAACUGCAAAUACAUUCACUGUAUCUGGGUGCUACUGUAUCUUACUGUAAAGGGUUGGCUCAUAACCCAUUCACACCAGCUGCUGGCUCAUAGGCGCCUUAUUGCUGGUGGCACAUGUCAGGAAAUAUUUAAAUACUCACAGUUGAGCAGAUAGAUAUGCAAAUAUGUUAAUAAUGAUAAUUUUGCAAAUAUGUUAAUAAUGAUUGACUUAAUUUAAAAGUGUCUAGAUCAGGGGUGUCAAAAAAACAUUUUCCUCGCGGGCGGCAUUCGGUCUUCAGCGAGGUCCAGAGGGCCAUGCUUAAAAUGUAUUAUAUUUCGCCAGUCAAAAUUUGCCAGACAAUUGUCCUCUAUCCUCACUGUGAUGACUGUUAGCAAGUUGGAGGGAGUGAAUAGACAAUACAUGUAGGUCCAGUAUCAUUUCUACACAGUUUCGAUUUGAUUUUAGUAAUUUCAAUGUUGAUUGAGAUCCUUUCCCCCCUAAAUUUAAAUAAAGAAAUAAAAGAAUAACAAAUAUUUACACCAAAAAAAAUCAAACCAGGGCCGGACUGAAUGGUGGAUUGAAUGGGCUCAAUGCCCGGAUCCAGCCCGCAGGCCUUGACAAGUGGUCUAGACCAUUAAGAGCAACAUCCUGGUCUCAUAAGCUAGACUUAACAUAGUAAACAUAAAUCCGGUACACUCAAAUUAGUAUGAAAUGUUACUUUUGGUGUGGUCACACAAAACAGAUGGUCAGGGUCGGUGGGCAUAUAACACCAACUUCUAGCAACCCAAAGGUUGCGAGUUUGAAUCUCAUCACAGCCAACUUGAGCAUUUUAGCAAAUUAGCAACUUUUUAGCUAGUUUGCAACAACUUAGCAUGUUAGCUAACCUUCCCCUAACAUUAACCCUUUUAUCUAACCUUAACCUUAACCCUUUCAGCUAACCCUUCCCCUAAACCUUUAACCUAACUCCUAAACUUAAUCCUAACUUUAACCCUAACCUAGAUAACGUUAGCCAGCUAGCUAACGUUAGCCACCUAGCUAGACUUUGUAACAUGUCAUACGUUUUGCAAAUUUGUAACAUAUUGUACAUUUGGCAAAUUCUUAACAUAUUGUACGUUUUCCAAAUUCGUAACAUAUAAUAAGAAUUGUAAUUCGUAACAUAUCAUACAAAAUGGUUAUGGACAUCCGCAAAUUAAUACAUACACUACAUGACCAAAUGUAUGUGGACAUCUGCUCGUCGAACAUCUCAUUCCAAAAUCAUGGGCAUUAAUAUGGAGUUGGUCCCCCCUUUGCUGCUAUAACAGCCUCCACUCUUCUGGGAAGACGAUUUUUACGUGCUACACACUUCAGCACACGGCGGUCCCAUUCUGUGACCUUAUGUGGCCUACCACUUCGCGGCAGAGUCACAAUAACAGUACUUACAGUUGACCGUGGCAGCUCUAGCAGGGCAGAAAUUUGAUGAACUGACUUGUUGGAAAGGUGGCAUCCUAUGACGGUGCCACGCGGAAAAUCACUGAGCUCUUCAGUAAGGCCAUUCUACUGCCAAUGUUUGUCUAUGGAGAUUACAUGGCUGUGUGCUCGGUUUUAGUGUUUACUAGAUUUCCUGUCCCCUUUGGCAGCAUUCCACUUCCCGGGGUAAAAAUAGACAUGUGUAUCUUUAUCUGGUGAACUGUGUGUUGCAGUGUUGUGUCCUGUGGUGCCAACUCUUCAGCUGUGGGUCAUGUUCAUUUAGCGCUUUCUGAAAGGCUAUAAUGCAGCCCAACGCUCAGCUCUUUGUUAUAAUGUUGCAUACAAAGAUAUUUUCAAUUAUACUAGAUAAAGGAACUCUGUUCCAUCUCAUAUUGCUCAAAUAAACAGCAAACCUGGUUUCAAAAAACAGAUAAAGCAACACCUCACGGCACAACGCCUCUCCCCUAUUUGACCUAGAUAGUUUGUGUGUAGGUAUUGAUAUGUAGGCUACGUGUGCCUUUACAUUUUUUCAUGUAGUUCUGUUAUGUCUAUUAAUGUUCUGUAUUAUGUCAUGUUUCAUGUUAUGUGUAGACCCCAGGAAGAGUAGCUGCUGCUUUUACUACAUCUCAUGGGGAUCCUAAUAAAAUACCAAAAUACCAAAUACCAAAGGGAAUUUAAUUCUUCCUAGAAUUCACUGGAACAUAAAAAGCAAUUCACUGUCUGUGCCUGGAGAGUCCAUGUUGAUGUCUGUUUCGUGUUAUUUUUCUUUAGAAAUCAUCAUCAACACAAAUUGCUAGGGUGAAAAACACCCACAAAAUGCUAAAUAUGUUGUCUUGGGCUGCAACACAAAUGCCAAAAGGAUCACGUUCAAAAACAUUGUUUUGUGGGUUUUUGUCGUGAUUUCAGGUGCCUUUCUGAUCCCCUACAUUCUGUUCCUGGUGAUUGCUGGGAUGCCUCUGUUCUAUAUGGAACUAGCCCUGGGACAGUACAACAGGGAAGGCGCUGCUACAGUCUGGAAGAUCUGCCCUGUCUUUAAAGGUGAGCUUUCUCUCUCUCUCCCAUCUCUCUGUUCCAUCUCUUUCCUAACCUCUGCCUCCUCUCUCACCUUCUCAAGUCUCCUGGCCAUUGUCCACAAUUGAUCAAUGCCGUUCGAGAUUCCGGGCAGAUUAUUAUAGAAAUUGUGAAGAUAUGAUUACAUAAGAAGACAUUUAUAGUUACAGUAUCACCAUUUGAAGGAUAUGUAUCUUCUGCUUGUAUAGUUCCAUCUGUGCCACUGAGUCUGGCUUUAAUUCCAAUUUUGCUUGAUUUCAAAUGUAAUCUACAAGUUAAUAAUGUAUAUGUUGGAUUCAACGGCUCCAUCUCAACCAAAAAUCUAAGUUAAAGAAUAGGACUAAAUCAAAUCAAAUCAAACUUUAAAUGCACUAUAAAUAAAGUUGUAUUUGAUUUAGUCCUAUUCUAUAACUUAGAUUUUUGGUUGAGAUGGAGCCGUUGAAUCCAACAUAUACAUUAUUAACUUGUAGAUUACAUUUGAAAUCAAGCAAAGCUUCAAACCCUAGGCCUAUUUAUUGUAUAUUUAGAAGUUGAAUUGAAACAAUAUGUGUUGAUGCAAAGGCUAUAAAGGCCUAAAUAGCAUCGUUGAUGCUAUAUGUUAAAUCUCUGUUAAACACAGCCUUUGGAAUGACUUUAAUAGCAACAGUGAAUCUAUUUAGUUUUUAAGUAGAGGUCUCGCAACAAUCAUUCUCACGAUAGCACAAUGGUGAUAGUCAGUGAUACAUUUCAAAGCUAAGCACGGCUGGGCUUGGUUAAAACCCUGGAUGGGAGCCCAAAGGGAUAGCUGUAGAUAUAUACAUUCUCCAGUAGGAGGUGCUGCCCAGCCUGUUGUUUUUUUAAUGCUAGUGGAUGUAACUCAACAUACAAAUUCAACAUAUUUUAUACAAGCUUUAUCUAUGCUGAAAAUUGGUAACCAUGAUGACAUAAUCCUGUGGUUGAAAUUUCAAACUAACAGUUUUUGCAAAUCCAAUGAAUUUUACACAUAGAGUUCACGUCACAAUACAUUGACAAAUUACAUUGAAACAAUGUUGAUUCAACCAGUUUGUGCCCAGUGGUUUUCCCCUAUAAUCGUCUUCUUCCAUCUCUCCUUUCUCGUAUAUACCUCUCUUCUUCAUUUUCCUGUCUUCAGCUCUCCCUGUCCACUUUUUCAAAAGCUUUGAUCAGAGGAGAGAGGAAGUAAAGAUGUGGUUGUUUAGAAGUAUCCAGUAAAUGCCCUAGACACAUACUGUACAACAAUAAACAUACAGUAGAUAUUCUGUAUAAACAUAGAUAUGCAUUGUAAUGUAGAUGGACACAUAAAGGCAGUUUGUUUAUUAGUUUUACUACUGAGCCUUAUCAGCAUGGCAUACUGUUACCACACACACCAUGGCAUCUGAACUGUUGAACCUGAAAGCUUAGCCAGAAGUUUACAGGCAGUGUUUUACAUUUACAGUAUGUUACACAUAAAGUCUAUUGUAUAUUGUUGUUCUUGCAAGUUAUGAAAAAUGAUAAAUGAUUUGUAUGAAUACUGGAGAACCAGACAGAUAUGAUCUUAUUACACAUGACAAGAACAGACGUGCAAGAUGUACUGUAUGUGUGAAAACCUCAGUCAGUACAUUAGAGUGUAUAACAAUGUUAAACUGACAUUGUUAAGUCCAUCUGCUGCCUGUUCUGAUGGUAAAGUUAUAGCACAUCACAUUUUGCUAAAAUAAUACAUUGAAUCAGGUGAAAUAAGUGGUUGAAUCCUCACAUUUCCUCAAUUUUUUUUAUUUUUAUUUUUUACAUAAUACUAGCUGGUAUUCCACUGCCGUGCUUGGUUUUCAGCGGUCUCUGCUGUCCAAAGUCUUGUGGAUACAUGCUACAUACACAUUUAUGAUUUACAUUAUACAGGAGUAGCAGCAUUUCACCCUCUGUAGCCUAACCUAUGUAACCAUCUCUCUCUCUCUCUCUCUCUCUCUCUCUCUCUCUGUCUCUCUCUCUCUCUCUCUCUCUCUCUCUCUCUCUCUCUCUCUCUCUCUCUCUCUCUCUCUCUCUCUCGCUCUCUCUCUCUCGCUCUCUCUGUCUCUCUCUCUCUGUUUCUCUCACUCAUAUUCUGCCCUCCCUUCCUCCCUCAGGCGUGGGCUACACUGUGAUCAUCAUAGCGUUGUAUGUGGGUUUCUACUACAACGUCAUCAUAGCCUGGUCUCUGUACUACCUGUUCUCCUCUAUGACCAGUGAGCUGCCCUGGCUCCAUUGUGGCAAUGCCUGGAACAGUCCGAACUGCACAGACCCCAAGCUACUAAACGGAUCCUUCCUGGGCAACGGGACGUCUUAUGCCAAGUACAAGAUGACGCCGGCUGCAGAGUUCUAUGAGUGA